GUGCGGGAGGGGCGGAGCUACAGCGCAGCUGAGAGAGCGACGUGUUCUUAUACUCAAUGUGCUAGCGGCACAUUCACCGAUCAAGUCAUGGUGUUAUUAGAAAACGACGCGUUUCUUACCGAACUUACUCGCCUGUUUCAGAAAUGCCGGACCAGUGGAAGUGUGGUCAUCACUUUAAAAAAAUAUGAUGGCAGAACAAAGCCGGUCCCCAGAAAAGGACAUCCAGAGACUUUUGAACCAGCCGACAACAAAUGUCUGUUCAGAGCGUCAGACGGCAAGAGGAAAAUCAGCACAGUGGUCAGCUCCAAAGAAGUCAUAAAAUUUCAGAUGGCAUAUUCUAACUUGUUGAGGGCACACAUGGACGGACUGAAGAAGAAAGAUAAAAAGAGUAAAAGCAAGAAGUCUAAAGCCACACAGUGAUUGACAAAAUCAAAUAAAAAGAGAGAGAGGUGUGCUGUUAAUUCAAUCUCUCCAGGACAUCAAACACACACCGGUGCCACUCCACCUUCCCAUCAGCCCCUGCAGCAUCUCAAUCAGACGCCCGCAUGAAACAUCUGCUCCGGUUCUGAUGGGAAACUUGAUGUUCAUUCUGUGUGUGGUGAUUCACUGUGGACGCUCGAUCAGGAAUAACCUUAAAUCCUGCCAAUGUUUGACGUCUGCCGUUCCAAACCAGAUUUAAUUUGUCUUUUACUGGGCUGAUGGGAAGGUUUUGUUUACUACAGAAUGUUAGAUUUACUGCAUCUUUGCUGAGAGAUUUCAGUUCUUUAAGAUGCUGAGGAUUUCAUUGAGUGAGCCAAGUUCUGUUAUUCAUCACUUAAAAUACAAGCCAUGUUUUCAUCGCAGAAAUGUUUUGUUUUGUAGUAGGUGAAGUGUUUCUCAUGCUUUACUUUUGACAAUGUCUUAAGUUCAUGUGUAUUUGUUAGGUUUAAAUUCCCCAUUUAUUGAAGAUUAUUGCUGUUGCUGCUUUAUCUGAAUGACAGCAUCAGUCUGGUUUGAAGAUGUACAGCGGAGUCUAUAUAAAGUUGAUUUAUUGAUGAGGACAGUUGAUGGGACACCUUUGUGUUUUUUGACGGGAAUGAAACCACCUUUGUAUGUUAAUCUUACUCACAAUGUUACAUUUAUUGCAUUCAGCAUCACUAGACAUUGGUUUUGUAAUGAGAGUCCCAACUACUUUUGAUUUAAAUGUCAGGAGCUCAGAAUUAAAUUCAGUUCGGUCAUGAUGA